ACUUCGAGUGGAAAACAAAAACUUAAAAUAGAGCAAAACAUUAAUUAAAUCACUAUUCCUAUUUCUCAUUAAUCUGAUCCAAUGGUAAAAUGGGUAGGAGUAUGGGCCUCUAUCAGUUUCUUAAGUGGUUGUUUAUUAUAUUAUUCUAUUUAAAUCUUACUUUGGCUGAAAUUCAGAGAAAACCUCAGUUGAAUGAAGAAUCUGACGACGAUGAUUCCAACAACGAAAAUUUAGUCGGGGAAAAUUCUCGAGGUUUACAUUCUGGACAAGCCACAGGUUUUAAAUGUUAUUUUUGUGAACCUCCCAAUUGUUUGCAUGAGACAAUCUGCAAAAAUGCAGUGCAGUGUUGGAAAUCACGAGUUCGAGAAAGUUCAGGACAAGAAAGUGUAUCCAGGGGUUGCACUUCAAAUUCUGAUCAUGUCAUUUUCAUGUGCAAAACUCCAUCUUUUACCGCACCACACAAAAGACAUGCUAGUGGCCAAUAUAGAGUAGACUGUUGUGAAGGAGAUUACUGUAACAAUGGUAGCUUCCCUGAGUUGCCCCCAAUUUUUGAAGAAAUUGUUAAUCCAUACUAUGAGCCUUUUAUAUUUGGCUUGAAAAUGGUAGCAGCAAUUUUAGGACCUGCCGUUGUUUUAGGGACUUUGGGCUUGGUUGUCUUAUAUUUUUUAAGGAAAAUGCAUAGAAAUAGACUGUUUGCAGAAAGCAGAUUGGAUUCAGAGCAGUAUUACGCUUCAGAUGAUUUACUUAGAGCGACCGCUGCUGGCGACAGCACACUGCGCGAAUACCUUGAGCAGUCAAUAACAUCGGGCAGCGGUUCUGGUCUACCGCUAAUCGUGCAAAGGACGUUGGCGAAACAAAUUUCAUUGAUGGAGUGUAUCGGCAAAGGUAGAUAUGGAGAGGUUUGGCGGGGUGUCUGGCAUGGGGAAAAUGUCGCCGUCAAGAUAUUCUUCUCUAGAGACGAAGCCAGUUGGAAUCGGGAAACUGAAAUUUACAGUACUGUUCUGUUACGGCAUGAAAACAUUUUGGGGUAUAUCGCGUCCGAUAUGACGUCUCGGAAUUCGUGCACUCAGCUGUGGUUGAUCACCUAUUACCAUCCGCACGGCAGUUUAUAUGACUACCUGAACCAUACCACCCUCAGCCAUCAACAAUUGAUCAUAAUAUGUUCGUCCAUAACCAACGGUUUGGUACAUUUGCAUACUGAAAUUUUUGGAACUCAAGGCAAACCGGCAAUAGCCCAUAGAGAUAUCAAAAGUAAAAAUAUCCUUGUGAAAAGCAACGGGACGUGUUGUUUGGCCGAUUUCGGACUGGCGGUCACUCACACUCAAUCGAACGACAAACUAGAUAUAGGAUCUAACCCGAAAGUGGGAACCAAGAGAUACAUGAGCCCCGAAGUUUUGGACGAAACAAUACACAUGGACUAUUUCGAUUCAUUCCGACGGGCUGACAUAUACUCGCUGGGGCUAGUGCUCUGGGAAGUGUGCCGAAGGACAGUUAGUAACGGAAUAGCCGAGGAAUACAAGCCUCCGUUUUAUGACGUCGUACCUAGUGAUCCCUCGUUUGAGGAUAUGAGGAAAGUGGUCUGCGUGGAUCAGCAGAGGCCGAGUUUGCCGAAUCGUUGGACUAGCGAUCCGGUGUUGAGCGAAAUGUCAAAGCUCAUGCGCGAGUGUUGGCACCAAAAUCCCGGGGCCCGUUUGUCGGCCCUUCGUAUCAAAAAAACGGUCCUUAAAUUGGCGAGUUCCGAAAAUUUGAUAAUUCUGGACGACCUGGAGGUGUGCGUGUGAGAUGAGCUUGAAGUACACGAAUUGAUCGGAGGUUUUUUCAUGUACAGAAUUUCAAGUUUUAAGGUUAAAAGAUCGUCGAACCGAAUGAGUUCUGAUAAUGUCCAUUGUCGAAUUUAGGUUAUGUUGUAAAAGUAUGGAAUAAUUUUGCGGUUUGUGAGAAAUCUGCCUCAUUUGCUGUCGGCCAUUGUGAAAUUACAAAAAUUUUGCAAUAUAGCGGCUCCGAUAUCGUUAAUAAUUACUAACAAAUUUGACCGCUUCAUUGAUCCACACUUCUAUCUCUUCGAAAAAGGAUAAUGAGGUAGAUUGACUUUUUUUUUUUUUUCAAAGUAACUUCCACAGGCUACCGUAAUACUUUCUACAAAACUUCUGGAUUCCUCCUGCGCCGGUCUUUCCUGAGUCGAACUGACUGACGUUUCGCCAAUCAUCCUGCUGGCUUCUUCAGUGCUAAACUGAAACUGGCUCGCAUUUUACGCUGUACCUGGUUAUAUAUUGUUUGAGGGGGGUGGAGCUAAAACUUAAAAAAAAAAAUCCGAGAAUCUAUAAGCAACCUAACAAUCUUAACCGCGACUCAGGCCUUUACCUGUCUCCAAUAUGGGAACCAGUCAUCCCUCAAACAAUAUAUAAGCAGGUACAGAGUAUAAUACAAGCCUGUGUCAAUUUAGCUCUGAAGAAGCCAACAGGAUGAUAAGCGAAACGUUAGCAAGUUCGACUGAACAGCAACCGACGCAGUAGGAAACCAGAAAUUUUGUAAAUAGAAGUAGAUUGACUUUUUACAGUAUUUAAUAUCGGACGACGGGAAAGUAAGACGAUUAAAAUUUGUGCCAAUAUCAGUCUAGCCCUCUCACUUAUUUCCUCAUCUUUACACUCUGCAGUUUUGGUGAUUAUACCAUUUUGAAGUAUCCCAGUGGUUAGUUAGUUAAUUUGAUUUAUCAAAAACUUAUCAUAACUGUGUAUAGAAUAAAUACACACAUUCAAAAUGCGGAAAAAAAUGUCGGACCAUUUUCAGUGGUCUGUCCGUAUUUGCAAAUAAUUUGAUAUAAUUUUCAUUGAUGGAUUUUACAAAAUUGCGGGAAAGAAGUCAAAUUGGCAAUUUGUCUGUCUGUAUUCGCCACGUUAGGUUGUUGGAGCACACUCUAUAUUAAAAGUUAUGCAAUUUUAGCCCUUAUUCUCUGAAAACAGUUCGCAAUUUGUGUUUUCUUCCAACUUUCUUUUGAAAAAUUUUCCAAUAGGUAUCUUUUCAUCAUUGGAACAUUUCCGUAUUAUAUGAUUUUAAAGCAAAAAUAAUGAAAUUUGCAGGAUAAAAAAUGGGUAAAGAUCUUUUUAGGGAAAUUUUUAUUAAUUUAAUGUAUGUCCAUUUUCCCAUGAAAGUUAGAUGGUAAUCAUAGUUUCAUUUAUGUACCUGUUGUGAAAAAGGGCAAAGAUUAUAUAUAUA